AGAGAAAAAAAAAAAAAGCACAGCAUCAGCCGAAAAGGCUUUUCCAAAUUUCUUUCCUAAUCAGUAAUCGUACAAACGCAACCAUAAGGUUCCCGGCGGGUCCGUCUUCUUCCCCCUCCUUCCGCUCCAACCUGUCCCGUUUUUUCCAUUCGGUCCGUUCCCCUCCGUUCUCCAAUAUUUAUUUCCUGUACGUGAAGAGGAAAGGGGGUCCCCCCGUCGUGCAAUGCAGCAGCAUGGGCACGUUUGACCGUGGCGUGCAGAUGCUGCUGAGCACGGUGGGCGCGUUUGCUGCGUUCAGCCUCAUGACCAUCGCUGUGGGCACAGACUACUGGCUGUACUCACGCGGCGUCUGCAAGAUCAAAACGACCAACGAGAACGAGACCAGCAAGAAGAACGAGGAGGUCAUGACCCACUCUGGCCUGUGGAGGACAUGCUGCUUGGAGGGAACCUUCAAAGGACUGUGCAAGCAGAUCGAUCACUUCCCGGAAGACGCCGAUUACAAAGCAGAUGCCUCUGAAUACUUCUUACGUGCUGUGAGAGCAUCCAGCAUCUUCCCCAUCCUCAGCGUUAUCCUGCUCUUCAUGGGAGGCCUGUGUAUAGCUGCCAGCGAGUUCUACAAGUCCCGACACAACAUCAUCCUCAGUGCCGGGAUCCUCUUCGUCUCGGCAGGUCUCAGUAACAUCAUCGGCAUGAUCGUGUACAUAUCAGCGAACGCAGGUGAUCCCACCAAGAGCGACUCGAAGAAGAACAGCUACUCAUACGGCUGGAGCUUCUAUUUCGGCGCUCUUUCCUUCAUCAUGGCGGAGAUGGUCGGAGUCUUAGCCGUGCACAUGUUCAUCGAUCGGCACCGGGAGCUGAGGUCAGGUGUGAGGGCCGCCGAUUACCUGCACGGUUCAGCCAUUACUCGAAUCCCCAGCUAUCGUUACCGCUACCGGCGCCGCUCACGCUCCAAUUCGCAGUCGCGCUCCUCAUCACGCUCCACAGAGCACUCACAGUCACGUGAAGCCUCUCCAGUGGGGCUGAAAGGUUUCGGCACCCUGCCCUCCACGGAGAUCUCCAUGUACGCGCUCAAGGGGGGUCACGGCACACCCACGGCCACCUACAACUCCGACAGGGACUUCCUCCAGGUCCACAACUGCAUCCAGAAGGACCCGAAGGACUCGGGUAACUCCGCUAACCGGCGCACGACGCCGGUAUGAGGAACGCCAUCGCUGCAGAAACAAACACCACCACGGGUGGAAAAAAAUCAGAGCUCUAACAUUUAACGUACCGUGAGUUCUUAUGAUUAGGAAGAGCUGGGCGCAGUUCCUCUCCUAUUCCUCAGUCUGUCACAUUUGCAUGAUUUAGGUUUUUGUUUUUUUUCCCACCAUUUUUAUAUUAGAUAAAACCAGCUCGUGUGUGUGUGUGUGUGUGUGUGUGUGUGUGGACACGUUUUUUGGCCCUGAUUUUUUACUACCAUUCCUAACACGCCCUCUCCGAUGUUCCCUGAACAGAGCGGCCACUUGCAGUCAAGAGGAAAUCAUCCGACCUUGGCACUGAAACAAUCUCCAUGACGAUACUUUUUUUUUUUUUUUUUGAAUUAUGAGUCUUGCUAAUUUGCUAACAAAGCAGCAACACAGUUUGGUUAGCUGUACAAUUUGGAGUGAUAUUUCAGAUGGUAAAUUUUUUUAAAUUAGAAGUUUUUAACACUGGAAAUCACCAUGUUUCUGGGGUGAUGCUAACGCUCCUGAUAAUCUCUCAUCUAACGCUCGGCACUUUCAGCUAAUAAAAUAUCAUAUUAGCGCUCAAGACGAAGCCAGGAUUCGACAGAGAAAAAAGUCAAUAAGGGCGUGUUAAAGUGUGGUAUUGAAACAAGGCCUAGGGUUAAAGAUAAGCUUGUAUUUUAUUUUGCGUGUUCAUUUGAUCAUUUGUGAUUUUGUUUGCUUUUUUUCUUUUCUUUUUUUCUUACAUAAAAACUGUGAAACACGGCAGAAGGGAUUUCAGUAAGGAAAAGCCCAGACUGCAAACAAAGCGAUACAUUAUAUACAUGUAUAAUGUAUUAAUUUUAUAAUUUAUUUAAAGACUUUCCUGAAGUGCAAAAAAAAUGAACAAAAAAAGGACAAGAAAUGAGAAACAAAGUGCAAAACUGAUGAGCGACGAGAAACCGAGCGACGUGAACAGAAAGUAAAAGCGAUAGAAAGAAAGAAAGAAAAAAAAAACUGCAAGAUUUUCCACCACGACGCUGCUGGAACUAAGGGACACUUUUGACUUUGACGAUGAAAAAUCUAUUCUUUUAAAAACCGAACCUUCUCACUUUUCGCUUCGUCCCUGUCCGCUUUCUUUUUUUUAUUCCUCCUCCCGCCUUCAGCCAGAGCUGAACCGAGCUACAGGCAGACGCUGAAGAAGAAAGGUCAGAGGUCAACCGGACGGACUGCAGGAUCCACUGCCAAGACAGAGGAUGGAAAAAAAAAAGCAAGAAGGAGAGGGCGAGAAAAAAGACGAGGAUGCCGAACACUCGAUCGUUGCGGAAACAAACAAACAAACGAAAAAAAAAAAGCGAGCGACGAAAUGAACGAAGAAAGACAUGAAGCUAAGUAACUCAUGAAUAAAUACAGAAAUUAAAUGCAUGCUAUAAAUUUACAGAAAAUCUGCUCUUGAGACGUUUUAAAGGAUAACAAUAAUUAUAACGGGAGAAAAGCAAUGCUAAAAAAAUUAAUGUGUACUUCUUUUUAUUUUCCUUUUCUCUUCUUCUUUCUUUUUUUUAAAAUCCAACUCAUGAUCUUUAGCUAUGGUAACAAAUCAACCUACAACAACUUUUCACUGCUUGUUCAUUAUAUAUCUUAUUUCCGUUCCUUUGUUUUUUUGUCGCCGUCGUCGUUGACUCUUUCUAUGUAAAUGUACAGAUUUCAUUUGGAAAAUUCACCCAGCCUUAGCCAUGUUGUUUUUUUUUUUCCUUCUUCUUCUCUCUUUCUGAUAAUUUUCGAUGUGUUGUUUCAAACGAACUCUAAAAGGUGCCAAAAUAUAGAAAAACAGAAAGAUCCUCAACUUGGAUGCAUCAAGUUCUGAUGAAUAAAAAGACGAACCCCAGG